AUGGAUUGGAUGCAGCCCCACGACCAGCUUCGGAUCGGAUCGGCGCCCGACGCUGCCCCCUCAUUUAAGCUGGUAGACUCUAACAAUCGCGUGCGCGAGCUCACGGACCCCUUUAAGUAUAAAUUGGGCGCGUUCCCGGCUUUCCUCCGGCCUCAAGUAGGCGACGACGGUCCCUCAGCCGCCGAGCUUGAAGAGCAGCGUCAACUCGAGCAGCAGCUGCAAGUUCAAAAAGAGGAAAUGUGUUUUAUUUCGCCGCUUCCUCGUCACGAAACUAGCCGCGUCCGCGUACCUUCCACGUCGCACGCUUUCACAUAUGGUGAUUCCAGCUCGUCAAACUUGCAUGCUACACCACCCCUGGCACCGCCUGUCUCGCCGUUUGCUAGUAUGGCACUAUCAGCACCUGCCGCACCAAUAAGCAAGGCGUACAAUCCAUUUUUAAGUGCCAAAUUUGAGAAGAGUCCUCGGUUACCAUCGCUUAAUGUGAUGCGGAGUUCACCGGGCACACACCUGAAGCCAUUAGGUAUCGCUACGCGCCCCCCACCACUCUCUCUCCGCUCAUUUUCGGACGUAUCGACACUCUCAACAUCUUCCCAGUCGCCGUCUCCAUCACCUUCACCUCUUCAUCAAACCAGACUUUAUAACCAAUACCAUUCCAAGGCUCCGCUCCGCUCGCUGUCAAAUUCCUCGUUAUUGUCCUCUACCUCAACAUCUCCACUAUCCUCCCACUCUCAAUCGCUCCCAGGUGUAUCCUAUUUACAAGAUAGAAGACGGUCCCGAAUAUCCUUUGAUGGUGCCGAUGGUAUGUCUGUGCCGUCUGAGGAUGAGGACAGUGGUAUGCGGCUUCUUAGCUCGAGCGUGGGUCGCAGCGAAGGGAGUAGUGAUGCAAUGACGGCAGCGGCAAAUUUUGCGGCUCAGGAAGCCCAAGAUAGUAAUGCUCGCAGCGGCCGUAUAUGCAGAUAUGCCAACUGCAGCAAUAUUGCUCGCUCACGUGGACGAUGCCGGACCCACGGUGGAGGGAAGCGGUGCUCCCAUCCAAACUGCAACAAGAGCGCACAGGCAAAUCGCAAGUGUAUAGCUCACGGCGGCGGCACACCCUGCUCAUUUGAAGACUGUGAAAAGACGGCACAGUCGCGUGGCUUGUGUAAGGCUCACGGCGGCGGAGCUCGCUGCAAGCAUCCUGACUGUCCCAAAAGCAGCCAGUCUAAGGGCCUGUGCCGUGGUCAUGGUGGAGGGGUCAAGUGCAAAAUCGAGGGUUGCGCGAAGUGGGUGCAAAAGAACGGGUUUUGUAUCAAGCAUGGGCGUGAAAUUGCGGAGACUUCGUGCUCGAGCUCUUUUCCAGCGCAAAGCAGCUGA